UCUAACAUCAUUAACAUUUCAACACCCACUGCUGCCAAUGAAACAUGGAGGUGUCUUCAUUCGGCUCAUCAGUAGUACGAUGACCGGUCUGAUGGACGUCCUGCAGUUCUUGACCUGAUACAUGUGGACUCGUGGAGGAUGAAACACAACAAAUGGCUGUUUAAAUACUCGUUGAAACUGAGAGCCAAACAACUUGGGAGCUGGUAACUGGAUAGAAGAGGGGACCGCGAACAGUCAUGGGAUGUGGUGUCUCAAGGUCCAACCAGUUCCACAAAAACACCGGCAAAGGAGUCACAAGUAUAAAAUCUGCCAUCCUGAUUCAGCGAUGGUACCGUCAGUAUGUCGCCCGCACAGAGAUGAGACGGAGAUACACCUGGCACAUCUUCCAGUCCAUCGAAUACUCUGGAGAACAGGCUCAGAUAAAGCUUUACAACUUCCUCGGCUACCUCAUGGACAAUUUCACACCUUCGAGCAAUGAACGGAACUUGAUCUCGCACAUCUUCAGAGAAAACGAGGUAUGUCGGGACGCAGAGUGGGAGCGGUACUUCUGCUUCAAGAACAUCGAAGUGCCGGAGAUUUACUCAGGACCUCACCUCACCUUCCCUCUGACGGUGGAGCAGGCGGUCGGCCUGGUGGAGGCCUUCAGGAACAAGAAACAGCUGCACUCACGCUACGUCCUUGAGCUCCUGCUCGAGACGUGGAAAGUGCUCAAGAUGAUGCCAAAUAUCAACCGCGUCUCCACCUGCCAGAGCAAAGAGAUCACUAUUUGUGGUGAUUUGCACGGACAACUGGAAGACCUGCUGCUGAUUUUCUACAAGAAUGACAUGCCGUCCUUGGAGAAGCCCUAUGUGUUUAACGGAGACUUUGUGGACCGAGGCAAAGACUCCAUUGAGAUCGUCCUCAUCCUGUUUUCAUUUCUGCUCGUCUAUCCGAGUGAAGUCUACCUGAACAGAGGAAACCACGAGGACCACAUGGUCAACCUGAGGUACGGCUUCACAAAGGAGGUGUUGAUUAAAUACAAGAUGCACGGCAAACGGAUCCUGAAGCUGCUGCAGAAGAUUUUCAGCUGGUUGCCAUUAGCGACUGUGAUCGACCAGAAGGUGCUGGUACUCCACGGCGGGAUCUCCGACUCCAUGGACCUCAGUGUCCUUGCCAGAGUGGACAGACGAAGCUAUGUUUCAGCGCUGAGGCCGCCGAAGAAGAGACACCAGAGCGCUGCGGGGAUGUCCAUCGACUCUGACUUGGACGAGGUAGUCUGGUCCCCCGACAAGUUCUUCAAGCGUCGGAAAUCCCUCACCUUUCCCAAACCCCUUCACCGCGACAGCUUCCCGAACCGCUCGCUGCAGGACUUCUCCGACCGGAUCAAUUUGAGAAUGGUGGACGAGGCGGAGAUCAACAGGAGACAGUCCAUUUUAAGCCAGGGACUCAACACAGCAGUAGAUGAGACUCGGUCUUUGUCCUCGGAGUCUCUCAGCAGUUUAAAUGCCAUUGACGAGUGGAAGCUGAUCCUGGACCUGCUGUGGAGCGACCCGAUGACCCAGGACGGCUGCGUACCCAACGAGGUGCGUGGCGGAGGCUGCUACUGGGGCCCUGACGUCACCGAGGACUUCCUGAGCAGACACAACAUGCAACUCAUCAUCCGCUCCCACGAGUGUAAACAGGAAGGUUACGAGUUCUGCCACAAUCGUAAGGUUCUCACUCUGUUCUCCGCCUCCAAUUACUACGAAGUGGGAAGCAACAGGGGGGCCUAUGUGAAGUUGGGUCCAGACCUUGUGCCUUAUUUAGUCCAAUACCAGGCCAGCAGCAUGAUCAGAGAGCUCACCGUGAGGCAAAGUGUCGGGCGUAGUGAGCGUUCAGCCCUCAAAGUCCUGCGGGAGCAGCUGUUUUCGCACAAAUCUGACCUCAUCUGUGCCUUCAAGAAGUUGGACAGCGACAACACAGGUCACUUGUGUCUGAACGACUGGGCCUGUGCAGUGGAGAGCGUGUUGCACCUCGGUCUUCCCUGGAGGGUGCUGCGCUAUCAGCUGGUCACCAGUAAGACCAGUGACGGCAUGAUCAACUACCACGAGUGGUUCAACGAGCUCGCCAUCAAAGGAGCCAACACGGAACACAUUGACCAGAGUCUGCUUGAGACUUUGUAUCGUCACCGCUCCACCUUGGAGACCAUCUUCAGAAUCGUAGACACCGACAACUCAGGCUUCAUAACCAUCGAGGACUUCCGGCAGACCUGGAAGCUGCUGAGCGUCUACCUAAAGAUGGAGAUCACGGAGGACGCCAUCUCCGACCUGGCCGUCACCAUCGACCGCAACCAGGACGGCAGCAUCGACAUUGACGAGUUCAUGGAGGCCUUCCGCCUCACGGACAAGAAGAGCCGGCUGGAGAGAGGACGCAGCAUGUUCAUGGGGACGGCCACCGACCUCACCAAGCUGGACACAGACCCCAACAUUUAGCAGAGAGAGACUGAAAACAGAGAGCGACCUCAGCUCAGUCAGCAGAGAGGAGAGAGGGAGGGGGGGAGAAGAAGCCAACGCAAGCUGCUUCUAUGACGCAUUUUGAGACGUAGGAUGCUGCUGAGCAACAGCCGCGCAGAUCACAUGGGAUUAGAGAGAGGAUAGAGUUCAGGGCAUUUGACAGCGAAUGUUCAUUUUACAUUUUGAUGCAGGUUCAUCCACUGAGGAAGUGUGGGUGAAACACAACGGCAUCUUAUCUCUCUUAUUAUGUUAGAAUUGUUAAAAACUGUAAAACUGCAAAGACAAAAUCCACAAACACAGAAACAAAAAGGCAUCAUAUUUAGAGUACAUACUUAUUAAAAUAAUAUUAGAUGUUGCAUUUAA